AUUCCUUCUUCUUCUUGUGCGGAAGAAUGAGCAGUUCCGGUGGUGGAAGCUCGUCGAAACCAAGAAGUGCUUCUUUUCAACCUUCCGAAACUUCUUCAAAGCGCAAAAGAGGAGUCUUCCAAAAAGAACUGCAGCACAUGAUGUACGGCUUUGGAGAUGAUCCAAAUCCUCUUCCUGAAAGUGUGGCGCUUAUGGAGGAUAUUGUUGUGGAAUAUGUCACGGAAUUGGUACAUAAAGCUCAAGAUAUUGGAUCACAGAGAGGGAAGCUAUCUGUUGAGGAUUUCCUUUAUUUGAUUCGCAAGGAUUUGCCAAAACUUAAUCGAAGUACAGAAUUGUUGUCAAUGAAUGAAGAGCUGAAACAGGCAAGGAAAGUCUUUGAAUCAGAUGAAGAGAAACUGAGGAACGUUUUUGAGGUAGAUGAACCAGUUGAAUGAUGAAUGAGGAAAAGGGUAUUGAAUUGCUUCGUUACUGAAUUCAGGAUUACUGCUUUUCCUGUUCUAACAUGUCUCUAUCAAAUUUUUGGAAUUUUGGAGUAUGUCCUACAUUUGAAAAUAGCCAAUGUGGAUACUUGAACAGUUGAAUUGUAACUUCCUAAUAUAUUUGUUCUCCAAUUUAUUGUGUCAAUGAUCUUGUGAUUAGAAGUUUGAGUAUUAUUAGAAAACAAUUUUUGACACAUUAGGGUAACGUACCGAAAUAUAGGAGAAAUUAUUUGGUCUCUACCUUCUACAGUUAUUAUUUAUUUCUUUGAGAGUUAUUUGGUCUCAGCAGGAUAGUUUUUAUCCUCCUCCUGUUGUACUUUUAAUGUAGUAGUAGAAUUGGGAAUUGACCAGGGAAUUUAAAAGGUUA